CUCUCCGCCUGUGCAACACACACUUUACACACGCACGGGGACUGCAAGCGGGCAGCAUCGAUCGUGGCUCCUUUAAGACAAACUCAGACAGACAUUUUUUUUAACCCUCCUCCUCUAAUCUCCCUCCAGUGCAGCAGUUGCAAAGAGGGAGAGAGAGAGAGAGGGAGAGAGAAAGAGAAAGAGAGAGCGAGCGAGAGAAGAGAGAAACUGAUUAGGAAUUAGGACUGAUUCAAGGGAAGCGAGCGCUAGGGCUUUGUGCAUUUGAAUAUUAACAUUUGAGGUGUUCUGACCAGAAGAAGACAGAGCGGAUGAUCAUUCAUUCACCACGUUGACAACCUCGCCUGUGAUUGACAGCCGGAGUGGCAGAAAGCCAUGAGAUUUGGUAGUUGGGUCUGAGGGGCGCUCUUUUUUUUUUUUUUUUUUAACUGAUUUUUUGGGGAGAGAAGAUCUGCCUUUUUUCUUUUUUUUUUUUCUUUUUUUUGCCCCCGCUGCUGUCUUGGAAACGGAGCGCUUUUAUGCUCAGUGACUCGGGCGCUUUGCUUCAGGUCCCGUAGACCGAAGAUCUGGGACCAGUAGCUCACGUUGUUGGAGACGUUAAGGGAUUUUUCGUCGUGCUUUUUAUUUUAUUUUUUUUUUCCGGGGGAGUUUACGUAUUUGUUUCUUUUCACACUGGCCUUAAAGAGGAUAUAUUAGAAGUUGAAGUAGGAAGGGAGCCAGGGAGGCCGAUGGCGCAAAGGUACGACGAUCUACCCCAUUACGGGGGCAUGGAUGGAGUAGGCAUCCCCUCCACGAUGUAUGGGGACCCGCAUGCGGCCAGGUCCAUGCAGCCGGUCCACCACCUGAAUCACGGGCCUCCUCUGCACUCGCAUCAGUAUCCGCACACAGCUCACACCAACGCCAUGGCUCCCAGCAUGGGUUCCUCCGUCAAUGACGCUUUAAAGAGAGAUAAAGAUGCCAUUUAUGGACACCCCCUCUUCCCUCUCUUAGCACUGAUUUUUGAGAAAUGUGAAUUAGCUACUUGUACCCCCCGCGAGCCGGGGGUGGCGGGCGGGGACGUCUGCUCGUCAGAGUCAUUCAAUGAAGAUAUAGCCGUGUUCGCCAAACAGAUUCGCGCAGAAAAACCUCUAUUUUCUUCUAAUCCAGAACUGGAUAACUUGAUGAUUCAAGCCAUACAAGUAUUAAGGUUUCAUCUGUUGGAAUUAGAGAAGGUACACGAAUUAUGUGACAAUUUCUGCCACCGGUAUAUUAGCUGUUUGAAAGGGAAAAUGCCUAUCGAUUUGGUGAUAGACGAUAGAGAAGGAGGAUCAAAAUCAGACAGUGAAGAUAUAACAAGAUCAGCAAAUCUAACCGACCAGCCCUCUUGGAACAGAGAUCACGAUGACACGGCAUCUACCCGCUCAGGAGGAACCCCGGGCCCUUCCAGCGGGGGCCACACGUCACACAGUGGGGAUAACAGCAGUGAGCAAGGUGAUGGCUUGGACAACAGUGUAGCUUCCCCCAGCACAGGUGACGAUGAUGAUCCAGAUAAGGACAAAAAGCGUCACAAAAAGCGUGGCAUCUUUCCCAAAGUAGCCACAAAUAUCAUGAGGGCGUGGCUGUUCCAGCAUCUAACACACCCUUACCCUUCUGAAGAACAGAAAAAGCAGUUGGCACAAGACACGGGACUCACCAUCCUUCAAGUGAACAAUUGGUUUAUUAAUGCCCGGAGAAGAAUAGUGCAGCCCAUGAUAGACCAGUCCAACCGAGCAGUAAGUCAAGGAACACCUUAUAACCCCGAUGGACAGCCAAUGGGAGGUUUUGUUAUGGACGGUCAGCAACACAUGGGAAUCAGGGCACCAGGGCUGCAAAGUAUGCCAGGGGAGUAUGUAGCCCGGGGUGGUCCAAUGGGUGUGAGUAUGGGACAGCCAAGUUAUACCCAACCCCAGAUGCCCCCCCAUCCUGCUCAGCUGCGUCACGGGCCCCCCAUGCAUACGUACAUUCCUGGACACCCUCACCACCCAACAGUGAUGAUGCAUGGAGGACCGCCCCGCCCUGGAAUGCCAAUGUCAGCACCAAGCCCCACGGUUCUUAAUACAGGAGACCCAACAAUGAGUGGACAAGUCAUGGACAUUCAUGCUCAGUAGCUUAAGGGAAUAUGCAUUGUCUGCAGUGGUGACUGAUUUCAAAUCAUGUUUUUUCUGCAAUGACUGUGGAGUUCCAUUCUUGGCAUCUACUUUGGACCAAGGAGCAUCCCUAAUUCUUCAUAGGGACUCUUAAAAAAGCAGGAAAUACCAACUGAAGUCAAUCUGGGGGACAUGCUAAAUAACUAUAUAAGACAUUAAGAGAACAAAGAGUGAACUAUUGUAAAUGCUAUUAUACUGUUAUCCAUAUUACGUUGUUUCUUAUAGAUUUUUUAAAAAAAAUGUGAAAUUUUUCCACACUAUGUGUGUUGUUUCCAUAGCUCUUCACUUCCUCCAGAAGCCUCCUUACAUUAAAAAGCCUUACAGUUAUCCUGCAAGGGACAGGAAGGUCUGAUUUGCAGGAUUUUUAGAGCAUUAAAAUAACUAUCAGGCAGAAGAAUCUUUCUUCUUGCCUAGGAUUUCAGCCAUGCGCGCUCUCUCUCUUUCACUCUCUCUCUCUCUCUCUCUCUUUUCCUCUCUCUCCUUCUCUCUAGCCUGGGGCUUGAAUUUGCAUGUCUAAUUCAUUUACUCACCAUAUUUGAAUUGGCCUGAACAGAUGUAAAUCGGGAAGGAUGGGAAAAACUGCAGUCAUCAACAAUGAUUAAUCAGCUGUUGCAGGCAGUGUCUUAAGGAGACUGGUAGGAGGAGGCAUGGAAACCAAAAGGCCGUGUGUUUAGAAGCCUAAUUGUCACAUCAAGCAUCAUUGUCCCCAUGCAACAACCACCACCUUAUACAUCACUUCCUGUUUUAUGCAGCUCAAAAACAUAGACUGAAGAUUUAUUUUUAAUAUGUUGACUUUAUUUCUGAGCAAAGCAUCGGUCAUGUGUGUAUUUUUCCAUAGUCCCACCUUGGAGCAUUUAUGUAGACAUUGUAAAUAAAUUUUGUGCAAAAAGGACUGGAAAAA